AUGGAUCAAGCGGAAGCCAAACGUUAUGAAGAAUUCAAAAAAUUGAUUGCAAUGGAUAAAGCGGAAAUCAAACGUUAUGAAGAAUUGCUUGUGACAAAGCCGAUUUCGGAGAUUGAGGUUGUUGUGAAAGCCGUUCCCACGGAGACCGAUUUUCUCAUUUUCGAAUCAACUGAUCGAGAGUUUCCGUAUCAUCCUCAUGGUUUUGAUUCGAUGUAUUGCGGCCAAAAGUAUCUUCAGCUGGGAGUAGAUGUAAUGAGACAACCUUUUUGGAAAGAGGGGAUAGUUUCAAAGAAGCGCGCUGGCCAUUUUCUUGGUACUUCGCAUGGAGAAUCUGGCGAUUCGGGUUCUGGUAUCUUCGAUAUGACCGGCCGUUUCAUCGGAAUCUCAGUCGCGAAGAGGGAUUUUGAUUUCAUGAAUCCGAAAGUUGUGAAUGGUUCAAAAAUUGAUUAUCGAGGAGUGGCUGAUCACCAUCCAUGGACGAAAAUCAUUGCAGGAGAGAUUAUUACUAACUAUCGUUUAGGGGCUCCGUCUCCCAAGAAGAUCCGGACCGUA